AUGGAAGCGAUGAAGACAAGAUCGUUAUCAUCAGUAGGGAGAUGGGUAAACGAAGUCGUGAGCUUCGUUGUGUUUUGUUUCUUAGACAUCGUAGAUUCUUUGCUCUGUGUUCUCUACAAAACUGCUGAUUAUCUCCUCGAAGCAGAGUGGAAACCUUGCUAUUGCUUGUCUCCCAAGGAACUCAUCACCACCACCACCAAAGGGAACAUCCUCGUAUCUCAUACCAAUGGUGAAUCCAAGAUUCUCACUGUUUCUCCCCUUCAACAACAACUUAGCGGACGUUCCAAGAUUGAGCUUGAGGAGAUCUCAGAGACUCUUUACUCUCGUCCUUCUCUUCUCUCUGACUUCUCUAACCUCUCCAUUAACAAUCUCACCAAAUGGUUAGUGAAUGGGACUAGGUCACAUUCCGAGUGUGACGAGAAAAAGAUGAGUAAGAGCCAAGGUAGAGCGAUGAUGAAGUCAAGAUUGACCGUGAGCUUCACUUUCGUUGAGAUGCUUCAAGGAAAGAUUAAGCCGAAGAAGUUGAGCCGACAAGUCUCGAGAUGGUCGGAUUGUGAUUGCGGAUUUUGCACUUGUUGGACCUCCACUUGUGUCAAAGAUCAGUCCCUCUUUGUCCAAACUCAAUUCCCAAAAGGCAAUACCGGGAAAGAGGAUGUGUUGUUCAUACACGGAUUCAUAUCUUCAUCAGCGUUUUGGACAGAGACUGUGUUUCCAAGUUUCUCGAAGUCCAAUUAUAGACUCUUCGCCGUAGAUCUUUUAGGGUUUGGGAAAAGCCCUAAGCCUGCGGAUUCACUCUACACGAUGAGAGAGCAUGUGGAGAUGAUAGAGAAAUCGGUAUUGCUUAAACACAAUGUGAAGUCGUUCCACAUUGUGGCUCACUCUUUGGGUUGCAUCUUGGCUCUUGGCUUAGUCGCUAAGCACGGUGGUUCCAUCAAGUCACUAACCCUCCUUGCUCCGCCGUACCAUCCCGUGCCCGCGACGGAGGUGGAGCCAAGGCAGUAUGUGAUGAAGAAGGUGGCGCCGCGGAGGAUUUGGCCACCGAUAGCGUUUGGAGCAUCGAUGGCUUGUUGGUAUGAACACAUAAGCCGAACCAUUUGUCUCCUCAUCUGCAAAAACCAUCGUCUUUGGCAAUUUCUUGCCAAACUCAUCACCCGAAAUAAUAGGACAAUAAACUUUCUAAUAGAAGGAUUUAUGUGUCACACACAUAACGCAGCGUGGCACACUCUACACAACAUAAUAUGUGGAAUAGGUAGCAAACUGGAUUCGUAUUUGGACAUGGUACAAGAUAAACUCAAGUGCAAUGUCGUAAUCUUCCAUGGGAGAGACGAUGAGGUUGUUCCUGUUGAGUGUAGCUACAAUGUUCAAAGUCGGAUUCCUCGAGCACGAGUUAAGGUUGUUGAGAACAAAGAUCACAUUACUUUAGUUGUCGGAAGACAAGACGAGUUUGCUAGAGAGCUCCAGGAGAUUUGGAAGACUUCUUGUUAG